CUUGCUGGACACGUCCACCAUCCACGGAGACUGGGGCUGGCUCACAUAUCCGGCUCACGGGUGGGACUCCAUCAACGAGGUGGACGAGUCCUUCCAGCCCAUCCACACGUACCAGGUCUGCAACGUCAUGAGCCCCAACCAGAACAACUGGCUCCGCACGAGCUGGGUGCCCCGCGACGGCGCCCGGCGCGUCUACGCCGAGAUCAAGUUCACCCUGCGUGACUGCAACAGCAUGCCCGGCGUGCUGGGCACCUGUAAGGAGACCUUCAACCUCUACUACCUGGAGUCGGACCGUGACCUGGGCGCCAGCACGCAAGAAAGCCAGUUCCUCAAAAUCGACACCAUCGCAGCUGACGAGAGCUUCACGGGUGCCGACCUGGGCGUGCGGCGCCUCAAGCUGAACACGGAGGUGCGCGGCGUGGGCCCCCUCAGCAAGCGCGGCUUCUACCUGGCCUUCCAGGACAUUGGCGCGUGCCUCGCCAUCCUGUCUCUCCGCAUCUAUUACAAGAAGUGCCCCACUAUGGUGCGCAACCUGGCUGCCUUCUCGGAGGCGGUGACGGGUGCCGACUCGUCCUCGCUGGUGGAGGUGCGGGGCCAGUGCGUGCGGCACUCCGAGGAGCGGGACACGCCCAAGAUGUACUGUAGCGCUGAGGGCGAGUGGCUGGUGCCCAUCGGCAAGUGCGUGUGCAGCGCCGGCUACGAGGAGCGGCGGGAUGCCUGUGAGGCCUGUGAGCUGGGCUUCUACAAGUCGGCCCCUGGGGACCAGCUCUGCGCCCGCUGCCCUCCCCACAGCCACUCUGCAGCCCCCGCUGCCCAGACCUGCCGCUGUGACCUCAGCUACUACCGCGCAGCCCUGGACCCACCAUCUGCAGCCUGCACCCGGCCACCCUCAGCACCGGUGAAUCUGAUCUCCAGUGUGAACGGCACAUCCGUGACCCUGGAAUGGGCCCCUCCCCUGGAUCCGGGCGGCCGCAACGACAUCACGUACAACGCAGUGUGCCACCGCUGCCCUUGGGCGCUGGGCCACUGCGAGACCUGCGGGGGCGGCCCCCGCUUCGUGCCGCGGCAGACAAGCCUGGUGCGGGCCAGUCUGAUGGUGGCCAACCUGCUGGCCCACAUGAACUACUCCUUCUGGAUCGAGGCCGUCAACGGUGUGUCCGACCUGAGCCCCGAGCCCCGCCGGGCGGCUGUCGUCAACAUCACCACGAACCAGGCAGCCCCGUCCCAGGUGGUGGUGAUCCGCCAGGAGCGGGCUGGGCAGACCAGCGUCUCCCUGCUGUGGCAGGAACCAGAGCAGCCCAAUGGCAUCAUCCUGGAGUACGAGAUCAAGUACUACGAGAAGGACAAGGAGAUGCAGAGCUACUCCACCCUCAAGGCUGUCACCACCAGGGCCACCGUCUCGGGCCUCAAGCCGGGCACCCGCUACAUGUUCCAGGUCCGAGCCCGCACGUCCGCCGGCUGCGGCCGCUUCAGCCAGGCCAUGGAGGUGGAGACCGGGAAACCCCGGCCCCGCUACGACACCCGGACCAUUGUCUGGAUCUGCCUGACGCUCAUCACGGGCCUGGUCGUGCUUCUGCUCCUGCUGAUCUGCAAAAAGAGGCACUGCGGCUACAGCAAGGCCUUCCAGGACUCGGACGAGGAGAAGAUGCAGUAUCAGAAUGGGCAGGCACCCCCACCUGUCUUCCUGCCCCUGCACCACCCCCCGGGGAAGAUCCCACAGCCCCCGUUCUAUGCAGAACCCCACAAUUAUGAGGAGCCAGGCCGGGCGGGCCGCAGUUUCACCCGAGAGAUUGAAGCCUCCAGGAUCCACAUCGAGAAGAUUAUCGGCUCUGGAGAGUCCGGGGAAGUCUGCUGUGGGCGGCUGCAGGUGCCGGGGCAGCGGGACGUGCCCGUGGCCAUCAAGGCCCUCAAAGCCGGCUACACCGAGAGACAGCGGCGGGACUUUCUGAGUGAGGCGUCCAUCAUGGGUCAGUUUGACCACCCCAAUAUCAUCCGCCUGGAAGGUGUCGUCACCCGUGGUAGGUGCCAGGCGAGAGCAGCCUCACCCUACAAGGUCCCUCCUGCCCCAGGACAGAAGUCUGGGUCCAUCCCUGGACCACCGUGCUCUGCCCCUGCCCUGCCCCUGUCCCCCCUCCAUCCCCCUGGCCGCCUGGCAAUGAUCGUGACCGAGUACAUGGAGAACGGCUCUCUGGACGCCUUCCUGCGGACUCACGAUGGGCAGUUCACCAUCGUGCAGCUGGUGGGCAUGCUCAGAGGCGUGGGGGCCGGCAUGUGCUACCUCUCGGACCUGGGCUACGUCCACCGAGACCUGGCUGCCCGCAACGUCCUGGUUGACAGCAACCUGGUGUGCAAGGUGUCCGACUUCGGGCUCUCCCGGGUGCUGGAGGACGACCCUGACGCAGCCUACACCACCACGGGAGGCAAGAUCCCGAUCCGCUGGACGGCCCCAGAGGCCAUCGCUUUCCGGACCUUCUCCUCGGCCAGCGACGUGUGGAGUUUCGGUGUGGUCAUGUGGGAGGUGCUGGCCUACGGGGAGAGGCCCUACUGGAACAUGACAAACCGUGACGUCAUCAGCUCCGUGGAGGAGGGGUACCGCCUGCCCGCGCCCAUGGGCUGCCCCCGCGCCCUGCACCAGCUCAUGCUUGACUGCUGGCAGAAGGACAGGGCCCAGCGGCCUCGCUUUUCCCAGAUCGUCAGUGUCCUCGAUGCCCUCAUCCAGAGCCCUGAGAGUCUCAGGGCCACUGCCACUGUCAACAGGUGCACCCCCCCUGCCUUUGCCCAGAGCUGCUUUGACCUUCGUGGGGGCGGGGGUGGCGGCGGGGGCCUCACCGUGGGGGACUGGCUGGACUCCAUCCGCAUGGGCCGCUACCGGGACCACUUCGCCGCCGGCGGGUACUCCUCCCUGGGCAUGGUGCUGCGUAUGAAUGCUCAGGACGUGCGUGCGCUGGGCAUCACCCUCAUGGGCCACCAGAAGAAGAUCCUGGGCAGCAUCCAGACCAUGAGGGCCCAGCUGACGAGCACCCAGGGGCCCCGCCGGCACCUCUGACCCAAGGCCAGUGGGGCCUGGGCAGCAACUAAAGCAGACCCGGGACAUGUCGGCCAUCAGAGGACUUGCAGGGUUGGCGGGGGGUCAGGCAGCCCCCCAAGCCUCUGUCCCUCUUCUCAGGUGCCAAGAUCUCCACCGCAGGACCUGGACUUAGCAGGGCUCAGGCUGCCUGGGAAGGGGCGUUCGGUGCCCAGCUUGGCUGCGACAUCUGCCCCCAGGGCGGAGGGGCUUCUCUUCCCCAGAGGCUGGGGCCUCAGUGACACGGAGCCUGACAGAGACGUCACUCAGCUGCCUCCGUGUGUGCGUGUGUGUGUGCAUGUGUGUGUGUGUGUGUAGGGAUGUUUUCAUGAGGUCGUGGGAGCCUUUGUGACCAUGGGUGCGUGUCCACCCAUCAGGUCCGAGCACGGAUGUGUGCUUAUGGCGUGCAUGCUUUUCCAUUAUGGUGGGGGGCACACGUGCGUGACCGUGGAUGAAUGAGGACGUGUGUCACAGGCCUGUGAGCACAGAACUUGGUGUUGACGCCGCCCACUGAGUAUGGGCCCAGGCCCCAGCACCCACAGGGACUAGGGAGAGGCUCGUGCCCACCUCCCCCCACACCUGGAGGCUGGAAUUAGGGGCCACUUUGGAGCUGCACCAGCACCAGGCCCCCCCUCAUUUCAGCCCGGGCGGGCCCUCCCCCGGCUCUAUCUCAGGUCUGAGCCCUCCCUCUAGCAGGUGGGGGGCCACCUGCAGCCUCCACCUGGCUCCCCCGGUGCUUCCACAGGAAAACAGGGUUCCCGGCCAGCCCCUCUGGCUGCCUACUGUGUAGACAUCGCUGUAGAGUACACAAGAUGCCCUCAGCUGGACUUGGCUGCCUGGUCAGCGGCCAGGGCCGUGAACUUCCCUCUGGGCCCCAACGCCCCUCCAUGUCCCAGGGCUCCUCACUUGGAAGACCCUCUGCCAACCUCUCACUGCCCAGCCCUGGCCUGCGCCCCUCCCUCCUCAAUCCUAAGAUCAGGGACCAUAAGAUCCCAGAUUUUCAGCCCCACAUCCACCCCCUCUUGUGCCACCUGGGGAGACCAAGACCUAGAGAGGGGCGUGUGCCUUGUCCAAGGUCACACAGCAACCAAGUUUUAGAGCUGAGGCCGCCUGCCUCCCAGCCCAGGGCUCUUUCCCCCACACACCAUCCCACACUGACAGCUGUGGGUGAGAGGGGGCUUCAGAAGCUCCCCCACCCUGAGACUGACCCUCCCCUUUACGGCCCACCAGGGUAUGUAAAUAUCUUUUUUCUACCAUGCCAGAAUAUUUUUUCCUCACUCCUGACAAUGCAAAAAUGGUCUUCAAAGCACAUAAAGAGCACCCAGGGUGAGAAAGCACCAUCCCAGGGGAAGCUUGGUGGGCAGGGCCCAAGGAACCCCACUGGGCAGGAUGCCUUGUGCCCCCUGCCGGCCCCAGAGGGAGGGGCAAGCCCAGCUCCCCACCCCCUGCCCAGCCCUCCCCCUAGCCAGCACAGCUGUUCCGCAGAGACACCAGCACUGAGCCCCACCCUUCCUCCUGCAAUAAUUUGGGGAGUCUCAGCCCCGCCUAGGUGCUGCGGCCAGCUCUCUACACCUCUAUAUAUUAUAUUACUAUAUAGCUGAGCUGUUCUUCCUUCCUAUGGAAGUCGGAAACAUGGUCAGGACACGAUCCAGGGAGGACCCUGUCUGCCUCCCACCCCCACCCCACUCUCACCCAGUUCCUGGUCUCUGAUCCUCACAGUCAGGGUGGACAUGGAGGGCCCGGCACUUGCAAAAGUGUGUCCCCUGCCCCGGGCGUGAGGUACCCUUGGGGUCCCAGGGAUCUGCUUCUCUGUGGUCUUCAUCCUGAGUCUUGAAC